AAAUUGGAAUGGAUAGAAACAGAUAAGGAGCUUCGUUAGGUGCUGUUACCUUCCUCUUCUUCCAUUUGCAGUGUUCCCAUGAAACCUUCCCACUGAGUCAACUCACUCUGUACAUAAAACCCUCUUCAUCAUCAUCAUGGCUUCUCAAGUUUUUCUUCAGCAAGGGUUGUUACUGUUUGCCCCAAACCAAUGUUCUCCAACCAAGCUCGGUGUAUCUUCUUGCCUCGGUUCUCGUAACUUUCCGUUGAUUUCCUCCACCUCAAUUUCAUGGCGUUGCAACAACCCUCUCUCUGCCAAACCCUCUUUUGUUGUCAGAGCUGACUCCAAUGUCGACGCUGCUUCCGACAAUGCUGGUGAAGUUCCAGAAGCUGAAGGUAGCGUUGAUCAGGUUCCUGAAGAUGGAGAAGCAGAACUAGCUUCGGAUUCUGAGGUGGAGCAACCCAAGCCCCCUAGAAAGCAACGAGUCAAGCUUGGAGAUGUUAUGGGGAUAUUGAAUCAGAGGGCAAUUGAGGCAUCGGAAAGCAUGAGGCCGACUCCAGAAAUUAGGACUGGAGAUGUUGUGGAAAUCAAACUGGAAGUUCCUGAGAACAAGCGUAGGUUGUCUAUUUAUAAAGGUAUAGUCAUCUCAAGACAAAAUGCUGGUAUUCACACAACUAUUCGAAUCCGAAGGAUUAUUGCUGGCACAGGGGUUGAGAUUGUCUUCCCAAUUUACUCACCAAACAUCAAAGAAAUCAAAGUGGUAAACCACCGUAAAGUCAGAAGAGCAAGAUUGUACUAUUUAAGAGACAAGCUUCCCAGAUUCUCCACUUUCAAAUGAUACGGUUACCACUUCUCAUCCUGAUCUUCUUCAAAGUAGUUGCUGAUAUUGCAGGGCCAUAUUUUGGUUAUUUCGUUUUGUUGUGUUGUAGAAUAUAUCAUUUUUCUUCCUCUAAAUCUAUCCUCCGAGAAUUGGAAACAAGUGUAUGUAUGUUGCCCUUGAUAAUAUUUGAAAUUUGAAGUGUUCUCCCUUGCAUUCCUUGGUAUAGGAUAGAAAGCCAAGCUCCUAAACAAACAUUACUAAAUAUGACAGUCUAAGGAAUGAGCAUGUGUAUCGAUACCAGUUAAGUGCAUUGUGAAUGUAUUUUUUUUUUUAUCUCUAUCCAUAAAAAAAGGUAUGUUCA